AUGCCAACCAACCGGCCAUUCUUCUCCAAUUUCCUCGCCGCUUUUCGUGCGCAUUCGGCUAUACAAAAAGCUUCUGCUGCCACUCCGUCCUCAAGCCCGCCAAAUUCGUCUCAAUCCACUUACGCUUCGGCUUCGAGUGCCAUCUCGCAGAAUGCGGCUUCUGCUCCUCGUUCGAUAGCCACAAAGGCCGGCCAGUCUUCGAACGGCGCCACAACUGCCGCGGUGCAGGCAGCAGGUCAUUUGCAGACUUCGCCCUUGUCCAGAUCAGCCGGCGCUCCUGGCCCAAGCAGCCACGGUAGCGUUGCGGGUAGUGCAAGCCGGCAACGAAGGGGAUCUGAUAGCUCGACAGAGGGCUUUCGCGAUGCCUUGGGUGCCGAGAAGUGGUACAUUGGCGGUCGCACAGCAGGAGGCGAAGAGCGAUUCUACAAGCUUGGGAUGGCGAAAAGGCACCGAAGCAUCGACCGACUCAGUCUCGAUCGGUUGAGCCUAUAG